AUGUCGCAAACACACGACCUGCACCGCGCCCUCCUCCGACCUGCCAUCAUCCACAUGCUCAGAGCAUCCGGAUUCCACAGCACGAAGCCGUCCGUCCUCGACACGCUCGUCAACCUCUCAGAGCGCCACAUCACUCUCCUCGCAUCGACAACCGCGCAACACGCCUGGUCCAGCCACAAUGACCCCGUCCCGACCAUCACAGACGUGCGCAUGGCGCUCUCUGACUGCGGCGUGCUGACACCGCUCGACGACCCGGCGGAAGAAGCGUGGAAAGAGCGAUUACGGCGGCCUCUCAGUGAAAUGGCCGAAGUGCCCAAAGGCGGCAGACAGCGCAUGAUGGCGGAGAAGCGCAAGCGCGACGAUGAAGACACUAGGGAUGUGCGCGAGUUUGCGAAGUGGUAUGAUUCGUCACAGUUCAGAGAGAUGAAGCGCGUGGCGGGCAUGACUCCUGAUGCGAGUGCUGUGGGCGGUAUACCUGCUGUGGGAGUAGGAGGCAGUGUGGUGCACGCGGACGACUUCCUUACGACGUUGAAGAAGAAGCAAGGGAAGGCUGGUGAUGAUAGUCGGUUACAAGGGACGGUGCUGGGGAGGACGGCAGACGAUAAGGAGCUUGUGGUGGAGGGUGGGCCGGCGCAGCAUAUCCGGGAUUGGAAGCCUAAGCUUGAGGAAAGAUCGGUGAAUAUUCAGGAUGGAGCACAGGCGGCCCAGAGGGAGGCUGUGGAGGAAGGUGAGGCUUCACAAGAUCCGAAAGAUCCACCAGCGACACAGGAAUCUCCUGAGCACAUGGAUUCGGCAAUACAGGAAAUUGCUGCUGCGGCGUGA